AUGCACGGAACAAGUUCCCGGCCGUUUAGCGUGGGUGAUAAAAGCGCGGAUUCUCAUGACUCAGAAACCAGAGAGGCCAACUUCCGGAUUGCUGGUGUGUUUGGGCUUCUCCAUCUUAAGAUUUGCGGUCUUGCAUGUUUCGGUGUUGCGUUUGUAGGCAAGCAGUUGGUGCGCUUUCUUUUUUUAUUUUUUUUUGUAUUAAGGGAUGAUGCAGAGAGUGGUGUGGUGGCCUAUACUGCAGAGGUACGGGUGCAGCUUUUCUUAUUCCAGUCAGUUGUGCAAAUGGCCCAAAAGGUGCACUUUGCUUGGCCUAGCGCCAUUAAAAGAAAUAAACGGGUCUACGUUUCCCGUGCUCCAUUUACUUCUUUGCUUUGCUUUGCUUUGCUUCUUUUCCACAUUCCGACUGGUAGAUGUAGCCACCGUCCGGAUGUUCGUGCGGCUGGUUUCUCCGGGUUCCGGUCCCGCCUUAAAAAAGCAGGUCACGUGCGCCACUGGGUACAUCUGCACUGGGAGUAUUUCGAAAGUUGA